AUGGCUUAUCAUUACGUUGUCACUGCACAGAAACCUACAGCGGUCACAGCAUGUGUUACAGGCAAUUUCACAAGUCCCACGGAUCUCAACCUAUUGGUGGCCAAAGUGUCCCGCUUGGAGAUGUACCUGGUGACACCUGAGGGCUUACGGCCAAUGAAAGAAGUUGGCCUCUACGGGAAGGUGGCGAAGAUGAAGUUAUUUCGACCUCCGUAUGAAAAAAAAGAUUUAGUGUUCAUCCUAACAGCCCGUUACAACGCAAUGAUACUAGAAUGGAGAACUGGACCAAACGGAGAUUUAGAAGUGGUCACUAGAGCACAUGGUAAUGUUGCUGAUCGAAUCGGAAAACCAUCGGAGAAUGGCAUCCUAGCAGUUAUCGAUCCACAAGCAAGGGUGAUAGGUCUUAGGUUAUAUGAUGGACUAUUUAAGAUUAUACCAUUGGAUAAGGACUCCACAGAGCUGAAAGCUGCUAGUUUAAGAUUGGAAGAGUUAAAUGUAUAUGAUCUAGAAUUUUUGCAUGGUUGCUCGAAUCCCACCCUCAUAUUAAUACAUCAGGACCUCAAUGGAAGGCAUAUAAAAACCCAUGAAAUAAAUGCAAAAGAUAAAGAAUUCAUGAAGAUACCAUGGAAACAAGACAAUGUGGAAACUGAAGCCUCAAUAUUGAUACCAGUACCGAGCCCUUUAGGCGGUGCUAUUGUAAUUGGCCAGGAGUCCAUAGUUUAUCAUGAUGGCCAGAGCUAUGUCGCUGUUGCACCUUCUCAGAUAAAGUUGACCCCAAUCAACUGCUACUGCCGUGUGGACGGUAAAGGCCUUCGCUAUCUACUGGGAGAUGUAGCUGGCCGGCUGUUCAUGCUGAUGCUGGAACUGCAGGAGAAGAUGGAUGGUACACAGGCUGUGAAAGAUCUUAAAGUUGAAUUACUUGGAGAGAUCCCCAUACCAGAGUGCAUGACCUACCUGGACAACGGCGUGGUCUUCAUCGGGUCCCGGCUUGGGGACUCUGCGUUGGUGCGCCUUUCAGCGACCAGGGACGAGUCCAGCCAGUACGUGCAGCCGAUGGAGAGCUUCACCAGCCUCGCGCCCAUCGUGGACAUGUGCCUGGUGGAUCUGGAACGCCAGGGUCAGAACCAACUCAUCACAUGCUCAGGCGCGUUCAAGAUGGGCUCGCUGCGCAUCAUCAGGAAUGGCAUUGGCAUCCAGGAGCAGGCGUCCAUCGACCUGCCAGGCAUCAAGGGCAUGUGGCCGCUCACCCUGGCGCAGGACUCGCCCUACCACGACACCCUCGUGCUGGCCUUCGUUGGCCAGACCAGAGUAUUAACACUAAAUGGAGAGGAGGUAGAGGAGACGGAAAUCAAGGGAUUCCUGUCAGACCGUCAGACUUUCUACACUGGGAAUGUCUGUCAUGAUCAACUCAUACAAGUGACGGACGAGGGCGUGCGGCUGGUGGGGCGGGGCGGGGGCGGGGCCGGGGGCGGGUGGGCGCUGGCGGCGCAGUGGCGGGUGGGGGGCGCGCGAGGGCUGUCCGUGGUGGCGUGCAGCGGCGCGCGCGUCGUGGCGGCGGCCGGGCCGCGCCUCUACCUGCUGGCCGUGGCCGACGCGCGCCUCGACCUGCUCGCGGAGGUGUGCAUGGAGGAGGAAGUGGCCUGCCUAGACUUGGGCCCCGGCGGUGACGAGGCGCUUCUGGGCGUAGGCCUUUGGACCGACAUCUCGGUACGGGUGCUACGCUUGCCGGAUCUACGCGAGCUACACGCUGAGAAGCUGUCCGGAGAGAUCAUCCCGCGCUCGCUGCUCAUCAGCGAGCUGGAGGGCGUGUGCUACCUGCUGUGCGCCCUGGGCGACGGCUCCAUGUUCUACUUCACGCUGGACCGCGGCAGCGGCGCGCUGGCCAACCGCAAGAGGGUCACCCUCGGCACCCAGCCCACCGUGCUGCGCAGCUUCAGAUCACUGUCCACGACGAACAUCUUCGCGUGCUCCGACCGGCCCACGGUGAUAUUCUCCUCCAACCACAAGCUGGUCUUCUCCAACGUGAACCUGAAGGAGGUCACGCACAUGUGCUCGCUCAACGCGCAGGCCUACCCGGACAGCUUGGCGUUGGCAACGGACAGCACGGUGACCAUCGGCACCAUAGACGAGAUCCAGAAGCUGCACAUACGGACCGUCCCGCUGGGCGAGACGCCGCGGCGGAUCGCCUACCAAGAGGCCUCGCAGACGUUCGGCGUGAUCACGAUGCGCGUGGACAAGGUGGAGUGGGCGGGCGGGGCGGGCGGGGCGGGCGGCGGCGGCGCGCCGGUGGCCCCCCGCCCGUCCGCCUCCACGGCCGCGGCCAGCACGAGCGGCGCGCCGCCGCAGCCGCCCAAGCACGCGCCCAGCGCGCUCGACCUCGAGGUGCACAACCUGCUCGUGCUCGACCACCACACCUUCGAGGUGCUGCACGCGCACCAGCUGAUGACGAGCGAGUUCGCCAUGUCGCUGGUCUCGUGCAAGCUGGGCGACGACCCCAACCACUACUACGCCGUGGGCACGGCCAUCCUCAACCCCGAGGAGUCGGAGCCCAAGCAGGGCAGGAUAUUGCUGUUCCACUGGUCAGAGGGCAGACUGGCGCAGGUCGCCGAGAAGGAGAUAAAGGGCGGCUGUUACACACUGGUCGAGUUCAACGGGAAACUGCUGGCGUCGAUCAACAGCACGGUGCGGCUAUUCGAAUGGACCUCGGAGAAGGAGCUGCGCCUGGAGUGCAGCCACUUCAACAACAUCGUGGCGCUCUACCUCAAGGUGAAGGGGGACUUCAUCCUCGUCGGCGACCUGAUGCGCUCCAUGUCGCUUCUACAGUACAAGCAGAUGGAGGGCAGUUUCGAGGAGAUCGCGCGCGACUACAGCCCCAACUGGAUGACCGCCGUGGAGAUCCUGGACGACGACACCUUCCUGGGCGCGGAGAACAGCUUCAACCUGUUCGUCUGCCAGAAGGACAGCGCGGCGACGACGGACGAGGAGCGGCAGCUGAUGGGCUACAUGGGGCAGUUCCACCUGGGCGACAUGGUGAACGUGAUGCGGCUGGGCUCGCUGGUGGCGCAGCACGCGGACACCGCCGCGCCCGUCGGCCACCCCGUGCUGCUGGCCACCGUCACCGGCGCCAUAUGCCUGGUGGUGCAGCUGUCGCAGGAGCUGUACGAGUUCCUGCACCAGCUGGAGGAGCGGCUGACGCGCACCAUCAAGUCGGUGGGCAAGGUGCCGCACGCCUUCUGGCGCUCCUUCAACACGGACAUCAAGACGGAGCCGGCGGAGGGCUUCGUGGACGGCGACCUGCUCGAGAGCUUCCUCGACCUGGCCAGGGACGUGCAGCAGGAGACGGUGCAGGGGCUUCAGAUCGACGACGGGGGCGGAAUGAUGCGCGACGCCACAGUCGACGACCUCAUCAAGAUCGUGGAGGACCUAACCAGGAUACAC